GGCUUUGUUUACCAGUGGCUGGAACAACAAAGACAAGAUUGUAUACAAAAUCCCCGGCAUUUCACCUGAAAUGAUGAAGCUCAUUAUCGAGUAUGCCUACACCAGGACAGUACCAGUCACCACCGAAAACGUUGAAAAUUUGCUGUGCGCAGCGGACCAGUUCAACAUCAUGGGCAUCGUCAGACUGUGCUGCGAGUUCUUAAAAUCUCAGCUGUGCUUGGAAAACUGCAUCGGCAUCUGCCGACUCACAAACUGUUACCACUGUCCCAACCUGCAACAAACAGCCUACACGUUCAUCCUCCAUAACUUCGAGGAGCUGAUCAAAGUGUCCACGGAGUUUCUAGACCUCUCCGUCGACGAGUUAAAGGACAUCAUCGAGAAGGACGAACUCAACGUCAAGCAAGAAGACGUGGUGUUCGAGGCCAUCCUGAAGUGGAUCGCUCACGACCCUCAGAACAGGAAGCAGCACAUCUCCGUCUUGCUGAGCAAGGUUCGACUGGCGUUGAUGCAGGCAGACCACUUCAUGAACAAAGUUAAAACGCACGCUUACGUGAAGGACAACGAGGAGUGCAAGCCCAUCAUCAUCAGCGCGCUGACAGCGAUGUACGACCUCAGCGCCAACGGCCCGAUGGUUUCUGACUUCGUCAACCCCCUCACCCGGCCUCGCCUGCCCUACGCCAUCCUCUUCGCUAUCGGGGGCUGGAGCGGGGGGAGCCCGACCAACGCCAUCGAGACCUACGACGCCCGCGCGGACAAGUGGGUGAACGUCACGUGCCAGGAGGAGAGCCCCCGUGCCUACCACGGCACGGCUUUUCUGAAGGGCUUUGUCUACGUUAUCGGAGGAUUCGACAGCGUGGAUUACUUUAACAGCGUCAAGCGGUUUGACCCGCUGAAGAAAACGUGGCAUCAAGUCGCCCCCAUGCACUCGCGGCGCUGCUACGUCAGCGUCACCGUGCUCAACGACUACAUCUAUGCCAUGGGAGGGUUCGACGGGUACACGCGCCUCAGCACGGCCGAACGGUACGAGCCCGAGACCAACCAGUGGACGCUGAUCGCUCCCAUGCACGAGCAGAGAAGCGACGCUGGUGCAACCACGCUGUACGAUAAGGUGUAUAUAUGCGGCGGGUUCAACGGGAACGAGUGCUUAUCCACAGCUGAAGUGUACGACGCCACAACGGAUCAAUGGACCUUUAUAUCCCCCAUGAGAAGCAGAAGAAGUGGAGUAGGUGUGAUUGCAUAUGGAAAGCAAGUGUACGCGGUAGGAGGAUUUGAUGGAGUGAACCGUCUUCGGAGCGUGGAAGCCUACAGCCCCGUUGUCAACGCAUGGCGCACAGUCCCCACCAUGUUCAACCCUCGCAGCAACUUCGGCAUCGAAGUGGUGGACGACCUUUUGUUUGUGGUUGGUGGCUUUAACGGUUUUACUACUACUUUCAAUGUUGAGUGUUACGACGAAAAAGCUGACGACUGGUACGAUGCUCACGACAUGAGCAUAUACCGCAGCGCUCUGAGCUGCUGCGUGGUGCCAGGGCUGUCGAACGUUGGGGAGUACGCCGCCAGGCGCGACUACAGCGCGGAGUCACUGCAAACAGAAGUCAGGCGCACUUCUUCAACAAGUACCCUACCUGUAUAAACGGCUCCCCUUAGCUAAUAAAGUCUUCUAAGCAGCAAAUGAAUCUAUUUGCUUAUUCUGAAAGCACAAUUGAAACAGACCAAAAAAAUAAUUAGUAAUUAACACUUUCACUCUGUGGCACCAAAAAAAGUACGAUGUAGACGUA